AUGGUAAACGCUACUCCUUCUGCACGUUUUGCUCGUUGUACCAUCGAUGAAGUAAUUGUAAGUUUACGCGCCGACAAAGUAAAUGGUUUAACUUUAGAAGAAGUUGUCUCUAGAAGAAAAUCAAGUGGUCUCAAUGAGUUUGAAGUGAAUGACGCGUCCGCCACAAUAUCCUUUAUAAUGGGAAAUCGCGAUGAUGCCUUUUCGGUGAUUUUGGCGGUUUUAAUUGUAACAACUGUUGGAUUUGUUCAGGAAUAUCGAUCAGAAAAAUCUUUAGAAGCACUAAAUAAACUCGUUCCCCAUUAUUGUCACCUUAUCCGUCAGGGUCAUAAUUUCACUACUCUUGUAAAUGAGCUUGUACCGGGUGAUCUGGUUCGUUUUGGGAUUGGAGAUCGAAUUCCAGCAGAUAUUCGAUUAAUUACGGCUGUUAAUUUGGAAAUUGACGAAUCUAAUUUAACAGGAGAAAAUAAACCUUGCAAAAAAAUAACUGAAGCUAUUUCCGAUAAUUUGUACUCUGAAUUAAGCUUACCAGAUAGAAAAAAUAUUGCAUUUAUGGGAACACUGGUUCGAAAUGGAAACGGAACAGGAAUUGUUGUUGGUACAGGAAAAGAAACCGAAUUUGGCGUAGUUGAAACGAAGAAAACACCCUUGCAAAUUAGCAUGGAUCAACUUGGGAAACAACUCUCUUACUUAUCUUUUGCAAUUAUCGGAAUUAUUAUUAUUAUCGGAGUUUUACAAGGUCGCCAUUGGCUGGAAAUGCUUACUAUUGGAGUCAGUCUGGCAGUAGCCGCAAUUCCUGAGGGUCUUCCCAUAGUUGUCACAGUUACUUUGGCUUUGGGAGUUCUUCGGAUGGCCAAAAGAAAUGCCAUUGUGAAAAAGCUACCAUCUGUUGAAACUUUAGGCUCUGUUAAUGUGAUUUGUUCUGAUAAGACAGGUACAUUAACUGAGAAUGUUAUGACCGUAACAAAAAUAUUCACCUUAGAUGGAGAAAUGAUUUUUGAUCUGGAACAUGGACUACCAAAUACUACCAAUAGUUCAAUGCGUGAAAUCUUAAAAAUAGGGAUAUUAUGCAACAAUGCGUAUAUUGAUGAAAAGGGGAAUAAAAUUGGACAAGCUACAGAAGUAGCUUUACUCGGCGCUCAUUCUAGACUUGAAUUGCAAGACGAUAGACAGUUUUAUGAGCGGGUCUCUGAAAUUCCAUUCAAUUCGGAACAAAAAUGGAUGUCUGUGAGCUGUAAAAGAAUUAAUGAUAGCUCACAAGAAGAAAUAAUAUACUUGAAAGGCUCAAUAGAAUUAGUUUUAGAAAGAUGUUCUAAUUACUUGCACUCAGAAAAAAAUUUACCACUUCUUGACAUCCGCGCAAGGGAAAUAGUAAUGCAUCACGCUAGUUUGAUGUCAUCACAUGGGCUUCGUGUAUUAGGAAUGGCAUACGGAGCAGAUCCAAACAAACUCACAUUUGUUGGAUUUGUCGCAAUGUAUGAUCCUCCGAGAAAAGGUGUCGAGAAAUCUAUAAAGGAAUUAAUAAGUGGUGGAGUUAAAGUAAUUAUGAUAACAGGAGACUCGGACGGAACAGCAAUAUCAAUUGCACGUCGAUUAGGGAUUCUUAUUAAUACAUCUCGUUUUAGCUGUUUGACUGGAAAUGAUAUUGAAAAAAUGAACGAACGACAAUUAGAAGACAUAAUUAGUAAUAUUACAGUAUUUGCAAGGACUACCCCUAAGCAUAAAAUGGCUAUUAUAAAGGCAUAUCAAUCAAAAGGAGCAAUUGUAGCAAUGACAGGUGACGGUGUCAAUGAUGCGCCUGCUUUAAAAAUGGCAGAUAUUGGGAUCUCAAUGGGUAAAACAGGCACGGAUGUGUCUAAAGAAGCUGCUGAUAUGAUUUUAGUUGAUGAUAAUUUUUCUACUAUUUUGGAAGCUGUAAAGGAAGGCAUGUAUGUGAAUUUCCUUACAUUCCAGCUGAGUACAAGUAUUGCUGCGUUAACGCUAAUCGCCAUUUCAACAAUAUCCGGGCUUCCUAACCCUCUUAAUGCAAUGCAAAUUCUAUGGAUAAAUAUUCUAAUGGAUGGUCCUCCUGCACAAUCUUUGGGCGUAGAGCCGAUUGAUAAAGAUGUAAUGCGGAAACCACCCAGAGCAAAAGGUGAAUCUAUUUUAACACCUACCUUGAUCAAGCGAGUUUUAACCUCAGCCACCUCUAUUGUUAUUGGUACUUUAUUUAUUUACAUCACUGAGAUGCGUGAUGGUGUCAUUACAUCACGCGAUACUACAAUGACUUUUACUUGUUUUGUUUUCUUUGAUAUGUUUAAUGCUCUCAGUUGUCGUUCUGAAAAGCAAUCAAUACUCAAAUUGGGAUUCAUUUCGAAUACAACGUUCAACUUUGCAGUGGCUGGCUCUAUUAUUGGACAAUUCCUGGUCAUUUAUUUGCCAUUUUUUCAAUCUAUAUUUCAAACUGAAGCAUUGAGUUUUUUUGAUAUUUUGCGUUUGUUAGUUCUCACAUCCACUGUAUUUUGGAUUGAUGAGUUUCGCAAAUAUAAUGAGAGGCAGCAGAAUAAUGAAAUUCAAGAGCAGGUUGCGCUGGUGUAA